AGAUCUCUCUCAGCCUUAUGCCUGAGGCCAAAAGAGACGGAUUCAGAGUCCUAAAUAUAACAAAAAACAUAUGCCCAAACCACAUACACACACGCGCAAGCGCGCACCCCUACUCUAGAAUGCUUCCACAAAAGCCUCAGUUUCCCAAUAUGUGGCCUGUGAACAUUUGUCUUUUACUACGCCCGCCUAUGGCUGCUGACAGGCAUCCUUCUGUUCGUUCGGUCCCUUGGACACCCAAGGGUACAGCCUUGGGUGAGGUCGCAGCCAGAGACAGCCCAAACAUACAGAGAGUGUGAGCCAAGCACAUGAAGAGAAGGGAAGGGAGACAAAGCACCUGGCACCCGAAGGACCAGCCUGGACAUGCUGCAUGCCCCAAGGGUGAAUGUGGGUCUGGUCCCGCCCCUCCUCAGCUUCCUAUAAAAGCUGGGGACUGAGUACUGCUGGUACACACAUGAUGAGGCCCUCCAGGAGACCGGGAACCUUUCUGCUGGCCUUCAUGCUGCUCUGCACCCUCCUGGGUCUUGGGUACCCACUACGCUGUGAAGUCUGUAAGGCAGCCGGGAGCAGCUGCCAUGGCAAAAUGAAGACCUGCAGGAGCAACCAGAACUCGUGCGUGAUCCUGGUGGGGAAGGCUAAUUCAAAGGGCAAGGAGUGGGUGCAUACCUACAAGGGCUGCACCAGGUCCCAGGACUGCUCCUCCGGCAACGUAUCCACCACCAUGGGCCCCCAGGACUACUUGGCAACCAACUCCUUCUGCUGCCAGAGCGACAACUGCAACAGUGGCUUUUUGUCUGUUCCCUUGAUUAAUCGUACUGAGAACGGCCUGAUGUGCCCCGCCUGCACUUCGAUCUUCAAGGACAAAUGCAUGGGGCCCAUGACCCGCUGUGCUGGCAAGGAAAACUACUGCACCUCCUUAUCUGGACACGUGCAGGCUGGUAUCUUCAAACCCAGAUUUGCCAUGCGGGGCUGUGCUACAGAGAGUAUAUGCUACGCCAAUCCAGGUGCUGAAGUGCCCACAGCCUCCCAUGUCCUCGUCCUCAGCCGAACAGAGUGCAGUCGGGCCCCCACGCCAGAGGCCUAGAAAGCUCACUGACCCGAGGAAGAUAUGAGUGGCGCGAAGUCCCCAUUGGGCUCCCUAUGUGUCUA